AUGUAUAGUAAAGAAUCUGCAUUAAGUGUUUAUUUAACAAUACCAGUAUUAUGUAGUCUUUAUUUAUCAUUAAUAAUUGAUGUAAUUACUGAAGAAUUUGCAGGAUUGAGAAUGAUAAUAUUUAUUAUUACUAUCAUUUUUAUAGUUGUUUUAUUAAUUGUAAUAUAUCCAUAUUGUUUUCUUCAUCAUUAUGGAUUAAAAAAAUGGAGUAUGAUUGGAUUAAUACUCCAUGUAAUAGUGAUAAUUAUUAUAAGUUCAUUAAUUCAUACUGAACGAGGAGUAUUUAGUUUAUAUGGGUUAUUAGAAAAAUUGGCAAUUAUUGGAAUUUUUAUCUCAGCAAUAUUAUCAGGAUAUUCUUCGAUUCAAUUACCUAUGAAACAUCUUGACCCAUUCCAUAAAAAAUAUAGUGAUGAACAAAUUAAAACAAAAUAUGCAGAACUUAAAUUUAUGGAAAAACGAGGAGAAACAAGAAGUGAAUUAUAUCAAAUGAUUUACAAAGAAUAUGUUAUUAUGUGUGAAAGUCAAAGAGCAAAUAAAAAAAAGAAAGGAGUUAUUGGAAUAUACAAUAAAACAUAUGGUGGAAUAAUGAUUAUUUAUUGUAUAUAUAAAUUAAUUAAUUGUAUUAUUCAUAUUAUUGGAUUAACUCAUUCAGAUGGAUCAAGUUGGAUUACAAAAACAUUGUUUAUUAUUACAAAAUUUAUUCAUAUUGAAAUAAAUUGGGAUAGUAUAGCACAAAUAUUAUCAUUUGGUAUGGUAGGAAUAUUAGUUAUUACAGGUAUUAAAGGAUUAUUAUCUAAAACUAUUAAAAUUAUAAUAUCAUGUAAUAAUUUAAGUUCAAAACGAGUAAAAGGAAGUAUUAUUGUUGUUAUAUGUUAUUUUUUAACAAUAUAUUCAUUAUCAUUUAUCAUUAUGUCAAGAUCUAAUCUUAUUGCUUCAUCACAUUCAGUUAUUUAUAAUAUUUUUCAAGAUAUUGAUUAUAAUACAUAUACAUCAUUCUCAGAUUUAAUAUUUUUCUUUUCAGCAUGUUUUUCAAUUAUUUUCUUUUAUUGUAAGAACAGAUUUGGCUGGUUUGUUUCCUAUAAAUCAAAAUAUUUACCAAGUUAA